AUGGAUCUUUCAAGAUGUUUAAGAUUAUCACCAGCUUUUCCACAAAGUCAAGAGCCAGCAAAUAAAGCUUAUUUCACAUGGAUGUUACCACCAUCAACACUAUUUCAACGCGACUGGAUUUCUUCAAAAUUCUCCUUCGGCGGAUUCGACUGGGCCUUAUUGAAAGUCCAUUUAAUCAAAAAUCACCAGCGAAGAAUAUUUCUCCCAUUUUUAUUGGUAAAUCUAAAAACUAGAAACACUCCCGUAAAUCUAGAAGUAACAAUUUACAUUCUCUUCAGCGACAAUUCAACGGAAAUGAUAAGCAAGUGGCUCAAAGUGGAGGGCAAAGUCCGUAAAGGUGAAAAAUUCCAAUUUUUAUUUCCCGAAGUAUUCGAAGUCUACUGUCGACGACUCUACUCAGAAAAGCCCAUAAAAAUUCUUUGCGAAUUUAAAUCUCAAUUUUCGGCAAUCUCGAAAAACCUGGCAAAUCCAAAGGCAAAAAAUUCUCUCAAAUUCUGCCAGUGUUUUGCCAAUCGUAAAAAAACGUGCGUCAAACUAAAUACAAUGUACGAACAAUUUAUGUACAAUGUCUAUCCCUGCGAUGUGGAAUUUCUUCUCGGAGAAAAGAGAUAUCCCGCUCACAGGAGCGUUUUAAUUGAAAAUAGUCCUGUUUUCAAAAAAAUGUUUGCGCACGAAAUGCAGAAGAAUAUUUUGCAGACGAUAAAAAUAAUGGACAUGGAUGCAGACGUCCUCGAAGAAUUAAUUCAAUUUAUGUACCGGCGAAAAGUGGGAAAUUUCGAAACAUUAGCGGCCGAAUUGUUCAUCGCGGCUGACAAUAUUUGUAAAAUGGCGGACAGAUACAAUGCGAGUAAUUUGAGAAAGCACUGUCUCUGUGUGAUGCUCGCAAAUUACAACGAAAUUGUGAAUCUUGAUGAUUUUGAAAAAGUGGAUAAAUCAAUUUUAGUGCAAUUGUGUCGCGAAAUUGGCUCAAAGCUUCAAAAGUUUGAAUUUAGUUUUAAAACAGCUUCGUAG